CGUAGUUUUCGUGAACCGUGAAAGUUUAGGCUGUUUGAGUGGAGGAUGACCGGGCUCGUGGGUGGUACCAGUUUUGGGCGGAUCACUGUCUACAGUCUGAUUCUUUUGAUAUUUUGGAAUUGGAAUCUGGUUUCGUAAAUGCUCUUCAGAUUGGUCUUCUUUGUUAUUGCGUGUCCUUCCCUUUUUCCACCACACAUGUCACUUUCAUUUGGCUGGCAAGAAUCGGUGGUAAUAUGGGAACUUCCCAAGGAGGAUGCCUUUUUUCUUUUUCUUUUUUUUCCAGUACUAGCGUCUGGAAAGGGUUCCUUUUUGUUUGAAUGUGCAAUUUGGCAGUUCUUUUAGUCGAUGGUCUACUCUAGAUUCAAGCUGGCGCUGGAGUGACUAGGUAACUUGGAAUAUGCUUGUCUACCUUGCCUCUUAUUGAAGCAUUUAGGAUGAACUGUAAGGCGUCUCUUCGGUAGCUUUGGUUAAUUAUCGGAACAAAGGAAUAUUAUUUGUCGCGAUAGAUCAGAAUAGGCCUCUUUCUGAGCAAGGCCCUUUUGAUAUUGUAUUACAUAAGUUUUUAGUAGCAAAGGACGCCAGAUGUAUAAUAAACGAUGUAAUCUGGCACUUUCCUGCGACAAUCUCAUAUAGCACGAUUACACAUAAUGGAGGCUGCUUUCAAACUUGAGCCGACAGUUUAGGCACAGUUCUGCUUUCUAUCUCAUUCCCAUAUUACACCUGUCAGGAAAGGAAUGGCGCCAGAUUCUCGAGGAUUACCGGCAAUCACACCCCGAAGUCACUGUACUUGAUCCUCCAGAUGCCAUACAACACUUGCAUAAUCGCCAGUAUAUGCUUCAAGAAGUUGCUGAUAUGAAUUUUUCUGAUUCAUAUGGCAAAGUUGGUGUUCCUAGGCAGCUGGUUGUUAAAAGAGAUGCUUCAUCCAUCCCUGAUGCUGUUAGUGGAGCUGGGCUGAGGCUUCCUCUUGUUGCAAAACCACUGGUGGCUGAUGGAAGUGCGAAAUCCCAUGAAUUGUCACUUGCUUAUGAUAGAUACUCUCUCCAAAAACUAGAACCUCCCCUCGUGCUUCAGGAGUUUGUCAAUCAUGGUGGUGUUAUGUUCAAGGUAUACAUUGUUGGGGAAGCAAUAAAGGUUGUGAGACGGUUCUCUUUGCCCGAUGUGAGUAGGAAGGAGCUGUCAAAAAGUGCUGGGGUAUUCCCUUUUCCAAGGGUUUCUUGCGCUGCAGCUUCUGCAGAUGAUGCAGAUCUGGACCCUAGUGUUGCAGAACUUCCUCCGAGACCUUUGCUCGAGAGAUUUGCAAAAGAACUUCGCCGUCGCUUGGGUCUUCGGCUGUUCAACUUGGAUAUUAUCCGAGAACAUGGAACCAGAGAUCAUUAUUAUGUCAUUGACAUAAAUUAUUUUCCAGGGUAUGGGAAAAUGCCAGAAUAUGAGCAUAUUUUCACAGACUUCCUCUUGAGCUUGGCACAGAGCAAGUACCGGAAAAGAUCUAGCGCUUAGUCUGAUUAGAAUUCAAACUCAGAUGAUGACGAAGAAUGUGCUUUUGCGCACCAGAUCUAAUGCUAAAGUCACUUCCUUGUACAGAGGCCUCGUGUAGUGAUCUGUGCCAGCAGUUGGGGGAGGAUACAUGUGAAAGUGAAAGAUGCCGACCUUCAGCUUCUGUAAUUACUGACUGGCUGGGGCAGAACGAUUCAUCAUGUACACAGUUUUCAUUCAUAUAACUUAACCGUUGCAGAGCUUGAAUGGCAUUCUCAACUCUAGAAAUGAAUAAGAAGUUGCUCUUUUUUUCUCUCCUU